CACACACCCGAAGAGCUGGUACGUCCCUUUGCUACCUGACGCGUCUUGAAGGCUGCAUCAAUAUGUUUAUUGGCAUUACUUCUAGUGGAGAUAACGUCAAUUCUCAUUACGAUUAUCUGAUUUGAACUGCGAAGAGGCAUCUCCAAUUGAAAACUUGCUAUCUGUUUGUUAAGUAUGGCUUUAGACUUUGUAGCCGGAUGCAUUGGAGGUUGCGUCGGUAUUGUGGUCGGUCACCCAUUAGACACUUUGAAGGUUCACGUGCAAUCUGGGAGAGGCAGUGCAUUCGAAUGCACAAAAGCACUAUUAAAAGGUGGAACAUUAGCAACUGCUUACCGAGGAGUGGGAGCUCCUCUAGGUGGAAUAGCUGUAGUGAACGCCAUCGUUUUUGGAACCUACGGAAACACGAGGAGAGCUUUACCUGAUUCUGAUUCUUUAUUAGCUCAUGCAACCGCCGGUUGCGUAGCUGGUUUCGUACAAAGUUUUAUUUGUGGUCCAUUGGAAUUAGUAAAGACUCGCUUACAACUGGCAAAACCUGGAGAUGGUAUGCCCACAGGAACAUGGGCGGGAGCACGACACAUUGUGAGAACCGGUGGCUUAAAAGCACUCUACCGAGGACUCGGUAUUACGAUAGCUCGCGAUAGCCCCGGACUAGCCGUCUACUUCCUGUCAUAUGAAAUGCUCACGCGUGGUGACAAAUCACCGGACAGAGUGUUUGUAGCUGGGGGAAUCGCAGGAAUUUUAUCGUGGGUGAUGUUUUAUCCAUUAGACGUAGUGAAGUCGAGGAUACAGGGAGACGUCAUCGGCCGGUACUCGGGAGUUUGGGAUUGUUUCGUGAAGUCAGUUCGCUCGGAUGGCUGGAGGUGUAUGAGCAGAGGACUGGGAGCUGUCGCUGUGCGCGCGUUCCUGUGUAACAGCGCGUGUUUCACAACCGUGGCGUGGACGGAGCGCACUUGGCACAACUAUGCUGAGAGACCUAUACACCUCGUCCAAGCCGCGACUAUGGCGGACGCAGUUUAUCGGGAUAUUCCCGAACGCUACUAUGACAUGUGAAUAAUUUAAAAAAAUCAAUCUGUGUGACAUACUUAAUAAAAUUGCAUUUAUAGGUAGGUAGUUAUGAAUGUCAACAUUUUAUUUGAUGUUAUAAAUAAGUAGAUCUUUGUGAUUAGUUCAUUACUUAUACAAUAAAGGUGCUCGAGA